CAGAACAAUCCAGGAUUGGGAGGGGUAUUGUCAAAGUGCUUUGUCCCAAUGACAGGGGCAUGGAGUGCACAAAGGAUCGGCCCUGCACCAGGCAUAGUAUAAAUGGGUAAUCUCCAGUGCGCAACACACAGUAUACUGUAGAUCAUGGCAGUAAGAAGCCCAUUUCUUCCACUGUUGCUAAUGCUGCUGGGUCUGGCGCUGGACAGAGCCUCCACCCAUGCAUUCAACCCCAGUCGCCUUCAACAGCACAAAGUCCUCCACCUCGACUGGCCGAAGGACUGUGGCCUGGCUCAUUUCAAACCAAACACAGUGGAGCGUAUCGUGUCGGGCAACGAAGCGAGACCCCACUCCUGGCCGUGGCAGGUCUCACUGCAGGUUCGUCCUAGAGGCAGUAAACAUUAUGUUCAUGUGUGUGGAGGGACUCUGAUCCAUAAGAACUGGGUUCUUACUGCUGCUCACUGCUUCCAGAAAGGAAAAGCAGAGGAUGCUAGUAGCUGGCGUAUUGUUUUGGGUAAGCAUCAACUGAAAAGAGCAGAGUCUGCUGAGCGUAUUUUCCCAGUGAAGAGGAUCUACAGGCAUGAGCACUUUCGUUAUCCAGCCCACAGUGAGCUGGACUAUGACAUCGCAUUGGUUAAAGCUGCCACGGACAUCCAAACCAGUAACUUCAUCCGCUAUGCCUGCCUGCCGCGCAAGCAGAUCAACCUUAAACCAGGGCACUACUGUUGGGUGACUGGCUGGGGCGACACACGAGGUGGGAAAGAAAAUGUGUCACUUGCUGAGGCGCUGAACCAAGCUCGGCUCCCAAUCAUUGACUACAAGACCUGUCGGCAGAAGAAGUUCUGGGGUGACCGCGUGAGGGACUCCAUGAUUUGUGCUGGCUUCAGAGAUACAGAGGGGACUCCAGCCGCAUGCCAGGGUGACUCUGGUGGCCCUCUGCUGUGCCAGGCGGGGCGUGACCGCUGGGAGGUCCACGGCAUCGUGAGCUUCGGUCCAAUCGGAUGCACGGUGGAGAACAAGCCCAGUGUCUUCACUCGCACCGGAACCUACAUCCCAUGGAUAGAGGCCACACGCAUCAGGGACUUCUUCUUGCACUAAGUUCCAACCUCAAAGAAUUCCUUGACCACAUUUGUAGGCACAGGAAGAGUCGUUAUAGCAAAAGAUUUAGUGCCGUGCCCAUGGACCUGCUCAUCCAUUUGUGGUCCGUGUGCUGGAAGCUGGUGUACAGCAUCACAACCACCAGCCACCAAGUUAUGGUAGUUUGCACCGGUUUGUGGGUCAUUUCUCCGCUAUGCAUGUGAGAUGGGCUUCGCUGUAGAACAUGAACUGCAAAGUUUUAACUGCUUUCAGCUAAAUCACACUGAUCUCCACCGUGUGUUCGACAAGCCAAGAAACAUCUGUAAAACAAGUCCUGGCUAUUCAACAUUACACUCAUCAGUUCAGUUGGCCUUGUUUUUUUUUCUGUAAGGACUGGCACAUACAUUUGCCCUUUCAUGGGCAGUCCAACUUUCAGUUCUUAAGGUGCUUUGACGUUCAGCGUCAAGUAGUGAUAGAAAACUUCACCUGUUGUGGGAGACAGUCUCCCUUAAGAACAUUCUAACUGCAGUGGUUUUCGCUGAACAGUGCAGGUAAUUUCCACAAAGGAUGGAAAUUUAAGCCGCUACAAGGAAUUUAUCCAUAUAAUUUCCAUAAAUUCCUACAUUUUAAUCUAUGAUCAUUAUUUUGAGAGGGAGCUUUAAUUAUUUUAUCAUUUAAUCUAUGCAUCUAUCGCUCACAAGUAUUCAAACUACAGGGAGUUUAAGUUAGUUAUAUAAUACUGCUCAAAUAAUAGGAUGAGUAACCAAUUGUUAUUUUGGUUGAGAAAUAUCUCUGAAAGGAUUUUUUAAAACGCUUUAACUGAAAAAUAUGACCAUGUACGCAUAUCGCAACAUACAAGCACAUGGACAUUCAUUCUGGAAUAUUAUAAUUAUCAUUCAUUUGUACUCAAUGACUGUUGAAAUCAAGGUUGACCUGCUUACAAAUAAACCAUACUGUAUAUAAAAAUUGUUUUUGAA